GGUCACAGAGCGGCCUUGUGUGAUCAUUGUUUAUAUUCUGUGACCGUUGUUUAUGCUCAGUGAAGAACAUCACGGCCCAGCUGCCAGCUGCCGGGGCUGGUUUUCACUCCCUCUUUGCGGGGAUCUGUGUCUCCAGGACCCAAGCUUCCCACAAGAGGAAGAGCCCAAGAUGGAGAGAGGGGCAGAGCCCUGGAGCUGGGUGCUGGAGACCUCUAGUGCCGGCUCCCAUGACUUCCAUCCAGAUCCUGCCCCGGAAGCAGCCAGCACUUCCACACCAGGGAUGCGACGCUCGGUCCUGGUCAGGAACCCAGGCCACAAAGGCCCAAGGCCCAGUUACGAAGAGCUUGACUCCGACUCGGAGGACCCGGACCCCAACCCUGAAGAGCUGGACCCAGUUUGUGAAGACCCAGAGCCUGACCCAGAAGACCUCAACACUGUCUCUGAAGAUGUGGAGCCCAGCUACGAAGAUCUGGAGCCCGUCUCUGAGGAUCUGGACCCUGAUGCCGAAGCUCCGAGCUCCAUCUCAGCCACCCGUGAUUCGGAUCCCCAAGAUCUCGACCCCAUGUCUUCAAGUUUUGACCUCGAUCCAGACGUCAUUGGCCCUGUCCCCCUGGUUCUUGACCCUAACAACGACACCCUCAGCCCCACCGAAUCCCCAGACCUGGACCCCCUCUCAUCCAGCCUCACUGCCACUCCGGAGGUCCUGGCCCCCAGCCCCGCGGUGCUCCCUGCCCCUGCCAGCCCUCCCCGGCCCUUCUCCUGCCCCGACUGCGGGCGAGCCUUCCGCCGCAGCUCGGGGCUGAGCCAGCACCGCCGCACCCACAGCGGCGAGAAGCCGUACCGCUNAAAGCCGUACCGCUGCCCCGACUGCGGCAAGUCGUUCAGCCACGGCGCCACGCUGGCCCAGCACCGCGGCAUCCACACGGGCGCGCGGCCCUACCAGUGCGCCGCCUGCGGCAAAGCCUUCGGCUGGCGCUCCACGCUGCUGAAGCACCGCAGCAGCCACAGCGGCGAGAAGCCGCACCACUGCCCGGUGUGCGGCAAGGCCUUCGGGCACGGCUCGCUGCUGGCGCAGCACCUGCGCACGCACGGCGGCCCGCGGCCGCACAAGUGCCCCGUGUGCGCCAAGGGCUUCGGGCAGGGCUCGGCGCUGCUGAAACACCUGCGCACGCACACCGGCGAGCGGCCAUACCCGUGCCCGCACGGCAAGGCCUUCGGCCAGAGCUCGGCGCUGCUGCAGCACCAGCGCACGCACGGCCNGCCGCCGGCCGCCGCUGCCGCCGCCGCCGCGGGCCUCGGCCUCAGUCCGGCCUCGAUGUUGAGGCCAGGGCAGGUCUCCCUCCUGGGUCCUGAUGCUGUUUCUGUUCUCGGCUCUGGCCUGGGCCUCGGCCCUGGCCCCAGCUCUGGCCUGGGCUCUGACCCUGGCUCCGUGCUGGGCUCCCUCACUAAUCCCAGCCCCAAAGCUGUCUCUGGCUCCCAAGCUAUCCCCACCCCUGAUUCUGUCAAAUCUGACCCUAAGCCUGGUCCCGACGCCAAUCCUGACCUCGUGGCUAGCCCUGAGCAUGGAUCUGGCCCCAGCCCUGACCAGGAUCUUGUACCCAGCCCGGAGCACAACCCUGAGUCUCACCCUGACCCCUGCUCUCCCACCCAUGAUGCUGUCAGUCCAGCCCUCCCCACUGGCGAGAGUCCUGAGUGGGUGCGGGAGCAAGGGGCACUGCUGGGGCCCGAUGGCUGAAGUGGACGCCAACACUCACGAGGGCCUGGGGAAGUUGUGUGUCAUGCAGUUUAGUAAAAUCCUCCCACUGCCUUCUGGCUC